UAUUAUCACGAGUCACGCCCACAACCACUCUCUCUUUCAUAUAAAUACCCCUCUUCCAUUUUUCUCUCUAUUCUCCUUACCACUUUGUGUAGCCGAGAGAAAGAGAAACUUCAAAGAGAUUUUUCUCUUUCUUUCUUCUUCCAUCCAUUUUCUCUCUACUUUCACGUUUGUAAAAGAUGGCUGAUGCUGAGGAUAUUCAACCCCUUGUUUGUGACAAUGGAACUGGAAUGGUGAAGGCUGGAUUUGCUGGUGAUGAUGCUCCUAGGGCUGUGUUUCCAAGUAUUGUUGGCCGACCUCGUCAUACUGGUGUCAUGGUUGGGAUGGGUCAGAAGGAUGCCUAUGUUGGUGAUGAAGCCCAAUCUAAAAGAGGUAUUCUUACUCUUAAGUACCCCAUUGAGCACGGCAUAGUCAGUAACUGGGAUGACAUGGAAAAGAUCUGGCAUCACACAUUUUACAAUGAAUUGCGUGUUGCUCCUGAGGAGCACCCAGUGCUUCUAACUGAGGCUCCAUUGAACCCAAAGGCCAACAGAGAAAAGAUGACCCAAAUCAUGUUUGAGACCUUCAAUGUACCUGCCAUGUAUGUGGCCAUCCAGGCUGUUCUCUCCCUCUAUGCCAGUGGUCGUACAACAGGUAUUGUGUUGGAUUCCGGUGAUGGUGUGAGUCACACUGUGCCAAUCUAUGAGGGUUAUGCUCUCCCUCACGCCAUCCUUCGUUUGGAUCUUGCUGGUCGUGAUCUAACUGAGUCUUUGAUGAAGAUCCUCACUGAGAGAGGGUAUAUGUUCACCACCUCAGCUGAGCGGGAAAUUGUCCGUGACAUAAAAGAGAAGCUUGCUUAUGUUGCUGUGGAUUAUGAACAAGAACUUGAGACUGCAAAGAGCAGUUCUUCUAUUGAGAAAAACUAUGAGCUUCCUGAUGGACAAGUUAUCACUAUCGGAGCUGAGAGGUUCCGUUGCCCAGAAGUCCUUUUCCAGCCAUCUAUGAUUGGAAUGGAAGCUGCUGGAAUUCAUGAAACCACUUACAACUCUAUAAUGAAGUGUGAUGUUGAUAUCAGAAAGGAUCUGUAUGGAAACAUUGUUCUCAGUGGUGGGUCAACUAUGUUUCCUGGUAUUGCUGACCGUAUGAGCAAGGAGAUCACUGCCCUGGCUCCUAGCAGCAUGAAGAUUAAGGUUGUGGCUCCACCAGAGAGAAAGUACAGUGUCUGGAUUGGAGGAUCAAUCCUUGCAUCCCUCAGCACCUUCCAGCAGAUGUGGAUAUCAAAGGGUGAAUACGAUGAGUCUGGUCCAUCCAUUGUCCACAGAAAAUGCUUCUAAGCCCAAAAUGAUACGAUAAUGGUAAGUUAUUUUUGCUGUGGUUGCUUUUUUGGUGUCUCUGUCAUGUCAUGUGAACUAUGUUGCCAUGGAUAAGAAGUGAGAUUGGAUCAUUUGAGGGUAUAUUCUAAGUUUGAUUUAUCAAAUGUUCUGUGGCAGUCUUCUGGAUGUCGAGGGCACAGACUUAAGAGGCAUUUUUUGCCUUGGAAUUCUUCUUGUCUUCUUAAUUAGGUUGUCUGUAGUAAGGAGUGAUUGUGAUGAUGCUUAUUUUAUUUCCUUUUGCCCACUUUUUUUCAGAGUUUACAUUCGAAGGUUUGUCCCUUUUUAAACAUUCAUGUUUAUGUCUAUAUAGCCCUGUAUCGAGAUAUUUUACAAUUUCGUCAAUUUGCACCAUUAACUUCUCAA